AAAGCGUAACGUUGUCACGAGGGGGUAGGCAGGCUGCGAUGUUUGAAUAGGAAGAUGACAGCGUCCGAGCCUCGCAGUUGCUUCAGUGUUUGCAAAUAGAGAUAGUUCAGCGCGAGCGGUGGACAGAAGUCUGUGAACGAGGAGACGAACAGCGUUUGUAUCGCAACUGCAUGUGCAAGUACAAGGAGACUUGCCUGUCAACAUCGCCUUCACUUUUUUGAUUCUCGACUCGAAAGAAAGAUUUAAGUGCAUCUUGUAAAGUCUACCAACAUCUUGGAUUUGAAAUGGAUGUUUUACCUAUGUGCAGCAUCUUUCAGGAACUUCAGAUAGUACAUGACACGGGGUAUUUUUCAGCCCUGCCUUCUUUGGAGGAGUAUUGGCAGCAGACAUGUUUGGAGUUGGAGCGGUAUCUCCAGAGUGAGCCUUACGUCUCGACGUCCGACAUCAAGUUCGACGGCCAGGAAGACCUUUGGAGCAAGUUGAUGCUGGCCUGCGGGGACAAGGCCAGCGCGGGGGCCAGCCCAAAGACCCCUCAGGUCAAAGAGGAGGACAGUCAGGAUAGCCAAAUCUUGGACACCAACAGCGUGACCUCUGACGCCAGCAGCGACGCAUCAGACAGUUCUGAGGAGCUCUCUCCAACGCACAGCUUUACCUCCAACCCCCUGGGAUCAGGGUUGGUCGGGUCUGGACCCUUCAGCCCGUCUAUCAUAAGCACUCCUCCGUCUUCGCCGGAGGUCAGCACCGAGCCCGGCUUGUCGCAGGGCUGGAGCAGCACGCACACAGAGUUGCACUUGCCGGUGAAAAUCCGGAAUGGCGGGGUCGGGAAAGGUUCCGACAAGACGAGCCUGGGAUGUGGCGAGGUGUCGCCUGACGGAAGGAGGAGAGUGCACAGGUGCCACUUCAACGGCUGCCGCAAGGUUUACACCAAGAGUUCCCACUUGAAAGCACAUCAGCGAACCCACACAGGUGAGAAACCAUACAAGUGUUCAUGGGAGGGCUGUGAGUGGCGUUUUGCCAGGAGUGAUGAGUUGACCAGACACUUCAGGAAACACACAGGGGCCAAGCCAUUUAAAUGCUCUCACUGUGACAGGUGUUUCUCCAGGUCAGAUCACUUGGCCCUUCACAUGAAGAGGCACCUCUAAGCAGACCAGCGCCGACGCUGUGAAGGGAAACCCGUCGUCUCCCGACAGACCAACCAGCCUCCUGGUUGAAUUGCCCUUGAGCGAAAGGGGGAGGGAGCGUGUUCCAGCCAAAGCAUGCCAUUUUGCACCAUAACCAGUGCCUCGGGACCUCUUAAGAGACGUUGCUUUGAAGGUUGUCUGAAGCAACAAGACGAGGACAAAAUCAUGGACGGAAGCAGUGAAUCAUUGAUAGGGGGGGGGGGGGGGGGGGGGGAAUAAAGUCAAAAACAAAGACACACAAAAAAAAGAAAGCGAAAAGGAAUGAAUGGUUGGUAUGUAUGGUGCAUGAUGUUUUGCGGGUGACUCCCGGACAACCAAUACACUGGUACUUACAACAACAACAAAAAACAACAAAAAAAGAAGAAAAAAAAUAUAUGAAAAAAGACCCGUGUGAGGUGAAGCAUGAGUGCACUGUAAAUGUCUGACUGACCCCCAUGUGGAACCAGGAGAGACGGCCAAGGGGAAGAAAAGGGGGCUGGAUCCAGUAUUGCUGUAGACUGAAUGGUGUUUCGGGGGAACAAGUUCCAUUUUUGUUUCUCUGUGGUCGAGCGAACGAGGGCUGCGUGAAAGAAAGUGGCGCCCGUGGAGCAGCGGCAAGACUGAGGGUGGGUGUUUCUCGCCAAGAAGCCUUUGAGUGAGAGGGUUUUUUUUUGGGGGGGGGGGGGAGAGAGGAGCAGAAAGGAUGGCCUACACCCCCCCUCUAGUCAGCAGCCCAGGGUUUGUACCCUGAGGAACCCGUUCACUGUGUGUGAGGAGCUUUUUAUGGUGUUUGGUGCAGCUACUAAAUGUGCAAUGUGUUACGUAGCCUGUUUUACACAUGCUGCAAAGCCCAUUUGUAGUCAUAUUGUAUAAGCUGUGUGCUUAGAGGUAUAACACGACUAUUCUAUAACUUCAGAAUCAUAGACAGGUGUUGCAUGGGUUUAGGGUUGUCUCACUUCCUGAUCUCUGUAAUCAGGACUGCAAAUAGAUUCCAAUAAAGUGCAGCUAAAAUAGCCGUUAGAUGUUCCAAUAUUGUACAUACGUUUUUUUUUUUUUCUCAUUUCGGUUGGAGAUUCCACUUCUGCUUAGCAACCGACUCAUUCAUGGAGCUACACUAGCUAGCUCCACUCGUUCACUCAUUAGCUAUGCCUUGAGAACUGGUUUGAGUUUCGUACCUUUUCUUCUUUAUAACCUGAUAAUGCACUGUUGACCUUAAUGGUGCCUUAUGCAAGUGACCUGGCCUCAUGGUAGAAAAUUACUCCUUGGGGCGUCACAUUAUUGUUCUGUGGGUGAUUGAGAAGCUUCAUUAAGGCUCAAUUUCACAAGAACUGGCACCUGUCCUUGUUUUCAGAGCUGGUGGUGUUAACCCCUUAGUGUAGAUGUUGUGUUGUGUCAGAGCAUGUACAGAAAAGAGCUCUCAAGUUAGCUAUGUUUUUUUAUUGUUUUUUUUUUUUACAUCAACAUCACCAAGUUGAUCUUCAUGAAAUUUUCAGCUAAAUCAAAGAUAGUGUAAAUAAAGAGAAUAAUGUAAAGAGCACUUAAAACGAUGUAUAAAAGUCAUUUACUACUGUGUAGUACGUACUGUAUGUAUGUAGUUUAGCACAUUCUGUGUCUAUUAGAUAUUUCGCUCAGAGGUACAAACACAGGAGAGAAAAACAGACCUUAUGAUAAGACAAGGCUGACUUGUAGUAGAAAAACAAUGCAGCUGCUUUGACAAUGCCUGACAUCUGUGUGGAAGUCAUGGCAUGACUGUAGACCCCCCAUCCCUGUCUCCUCCCUGCCUGCAACCAUGGUUGAGGAAAAACAUAAAGAUUUAUUGUAAUUAACAGGCUCCAGUUGGCCAGAACUUGCCUUGUACCGCCUCUCUGUAAUGAAUUGCUAAAGGCUUCGCUGGCAUAGAAUCUGUCACAGACUGCUGACGGUGGGGGUUGGAUAUUGACCUGUCUAGGACUGCGUUGUUUUAGCCCAAGAGCUGCUACAGAGUUAUGAAAACGGGAGAUUCUUGAUAUGGAUAAAGAUCAACUGUUUUAUUUAAACUGAUCUGCUGUUGAUUUAUAACAGAAAUUGAAACAGAAAAUACCCUGUCUCGCUGAACUCUGCAUAUGAAGAUUGUUUGUGGGGUAAAUGUGCAUAAAUGAUAGUUUAGAGAAAUCUGACUCAGUGAUCCUGAAGGAUCUUGGUAAAAGAGCCACUCCAUGGUUUCUUUAAUAUCACAUGCCAUUCUUUAUAGAAUGGGGGGGGAGAAUUUGAUAUUGCAGCAAGUUCAGUGUAGCAAGCAGGGACAUAUGGAUUUCAGAUCAGUUGGUGAAGAGGCAGGAUGAGGACUAACUUGAAACAGCUUGCUGCAAUAAAAUCAGUGGCUGCGAAGUUUCAAUAGGAACAGAACUUCCUGUGUGUGCUACAACAGCCUUAGCAUUCUGGUGGUGAUCGAGCCUUAAUAGAGCUUCAUGUUUGCUUGCAUCUUAUAGUGAUCUGCAUAAAUACUACCACUAUUUAUCUCUCUUUCUCUCUUUUUCACACACAGCUCCUUGUUCUCAACUGAAACUUUGUAAUAAAAAAAUACAAUAGAAAAAGAAAAAAAAAGAUUUUGUAAGAUUGUUUGUUUUUGCUUUAUGAAAUUUUAUUUUGGAAUUGUUUUGCAAAAUUGUUAUAUUUCUGUAUGAAUGUAUUUUUUAUUGGAAUAAUAAGACAUUCUUAUCAGACCUUA